GUUUAAAUUCAAACCGGCGGCGGAGCGAGGCGGACGUGGCGGCGCUUCUCUCUCUCUUUUCUCCCCGAAAAAGGCCUUAACAGAAUAAUUAUUCCCAAUGGAUGAGAAUGUGAUACCUAGUGAAAACCUGCCUAGUCAAAAUGUCCAUGUCAAAGCUGGUCCACAAGCAACUGACAGCAUCAUACGUUCUCCUUUCAAAGAGCUUGGGAAUAACGCAUUAGCAACGAGAGCCAAUGGGCCGACACCAAAGAGUAUUGCCACGCCCUCCAAAUACAACGUCAUUUCGGAGCUAGACGAAGAGAGGACUUGGCGUGAAAGGACGGAAGUAGUCACAGCGAUAGACCACAACGCGUAUGAGGGCUAUGCCAAGGAGAUGAUCACUGAUGUCAUCAAUCAGAUUCCGUCUGCCAAUAACAGGUCAACAGUUGUGGAUAAUAAGCUACUACAUCCUACAGUUGCUGAAUUUAGAGGAUCUCCUGUAGCUGCUUUAGUUGGGGACUCGGAUUCAGAAUAUGAGAGUGCUGGGGAACUAGAUGACACAGCUAUUGAACAAAUCAUACCAUCACCUGUUGUACCAAAGGCAAAUUCCACUCUCUUGGAUGCUUCCAGUUCUGCCAACAAUACUCUAAACAGGUCUGAUGUUGGCAAUCUUCUGAACAGUUUUGAAAAUAUGAAAUUGAAUGAAACUAGAGACAUUCCUGAAGAGGAUAAUUUCCAUGAUGCAAGUGACUCAGUCGAAAAUACUUCUCAAAACUUAUCACCAGGGAAUAAUGCAGAGACUGUUUCCACAUCACUGCAAACCAACAUGCACAAUGACACCUUUGACCAGCUUACUGCUUCUUUUGAAAAAGUUGCUGUCAGUGACACAUCUGAUAUGAAUACACCUGUGAAGAGCAACGAAAGGCCUUUGGCACGUGUGGAGCUUAACAAAAAAGUAGAAGUUGGGGAUUCCUCCAAUUCUGUCGUGGAACCUAAUGUGGUUAUAAGCCCUUCUUCUCCAAUACCUGAAAAAGUGCCAAAUGAUGAGAGCCACUUGCAAGAAGGUGGUAAAGCAGUUGCAGAAGGACAGUUGGAAACGAGUCCAGAAGCGAUUGCAGACAGUUCAGUAACUGGAUUUGUGAAGCCAGACGAGGAAAAAGAUAUUGUGCCGACAAAAGGAUACAACUUAGAAUUUUUGGACAAGUUGGACGAUCCAAACUUUGAUCCUUUUUCAACAAAAGCAGCUGUAACAAAUUCUCCAGACAAAGAGAAGAGUGAAGCAGUUGCAGAUUCUGUUAUGAAGGAAAGACAGUCAGAAUGUUUGGAUAAAUCAGGAGCUAUUGCAGAUAUCUCUGAGAAAACAGAAUUACUGGAAGUGCAUGAAGCCAAAGAGGAAAACUCUAAAGAAAUAGGUCAGACUGAAGCAACUGAGGCUGUUGUGGUACCAGAACACACACAAGAAAAUGGUGAAAAUGUGUCUGCUGAAGAAGUGCAGCAGUCAAGUACGGAGACUGGAGAACAGGAUCAGCAAGAGGAAGCAGUUGUGCCUCCCCAGAAAGGAUACGGUUUGGACUUUGACAAACUGGAGGAUCCUUGUUUUGAUCCUUUUGCUACAAAAACCGCUGUCAGCAACUCUCCAGAGAAAGGUACCAAAGAAAUUGUGGCAGCGGAACCAGUCGAGUUUGUCAAACCUGUGAGUGUGGUGCAAGAGCAGAUAUUGUUGGAAAAUAAUGAUAAACAAGAAGAAAGCCAUGCUCAUGUUAAUGAAGAUCCAGUUGAAGAUGGUUCAUUGAAGACUGAGACAGUAACAGAAAAUACUUCUGAGGAGCAAGAGGAGGAAAUAAUCCCUCCCAAAAAGGAAUACAACAUGGACUUCUUUGAUAAUAUAGAUGAUCCAAACUUUAACCCUUUUUCUACAAAGACUUCAGUCAGUAACUCGCCUGGGAGGAAAGAGGAACCUAUUUCUCAGGUGGAGUCAGAACCAAAGCAGAAAGAGGAGGAACCUGUCAAGCUUUUGGACAUACAAGAAGAAGUCAAAAUCUCUGAAGAUGUUGCUCCCAAAGCUGAUGUAACAGCAGCAGAAUUGGCCAAGGAGGAGGUGACGGCAGAUCAAAGACAGGCUGAUGAGGAAAUGGAUGUUUUUGAGGAGAAGGAGGAAGAUGAUGUACCAAUUCCUCCCAAGAAGGAAUACAAUCUGGACUUCUUAGAUAACCUAGAUGAUCCAAACUUGAAUCCUUUUGCAACCAAGACCGCAGUGAAUAAUUCCCCUGACAAGAAAGAUGGCCCAGGGGCUAAUAGCAAACUGGUAGAGGCCCCACCAAAAGCCAAGGAAACACUUAUUGCUGAUGUUAUAGAAAAGGAUGAGAAGGUAACACAGAUCAAGACUCUAGAAAACUUAGUUGUGGAAGACAUUCCGACUUCCUGUGUAAAAGUGGAGAAUAUCGCCAAAAGUGAGAUGGUGAAAUCUGAGACACCUGAAGAACCCUCAGGAACACAAGAGGAGGAUGAGCCAAUUCUCCCCAAGAAAGGAUACAAUCUUGAUUUCUUGGAUAACCUCGAUGAUCCAAACUUCAAUCCCUUUUCACUGAAGACCACAGUCACCAAUUCCCCGGACAAGAAGAACGGGACAGUGGCCGAGAGCAAAACGCCAGAGGAAGCCCCAAAACCCAAGGAAAAGGUCGAGAAGAAACCUGUAGCCAAAGAAGAAAAGAAGGUAACACAAAAGACUUCAUCUGCAAAGGAAAAGGAGACUGUUAAAAUUAAGACAGUAAUGCCUAAGGAAGAUAAGGCAGAAGAAAAAUUGGAAGCACAAGAAGAGGAUGAAAUCAUUCCUCCCAAGAAAGGAUAUAAUCUGGAGUUCCUGGAUAAUCUAGAGGAUCCGAACUUCAAUCCCUUUACAACCAAAACCACUGUGAGCGGUUCCCCAGACAAGAAAAACUGUCCUGCGGCUGAAAACAAGGUGGCAGCAGAAGGUGCAAUGAAGCCAAAGAAGGUGGCAGAGAAGAAGCCCGUUGCAGAUGUCAAGGAAGAGGGUAAGGCAACGCAAAUGAAGAAGACUUCAGAAAAUGCUUCCAGUGCAAAGGAAAAGGAUGCUCCCAGAAGUAAGACAGUGGGGGCCAAGAAGGAGGCAGAAAGCAAAGGUACCACAGAAGUACAAGAAGAGGAAGAGAUAAUUCCUCCUAAAAAGGGAUAUAAGCUAGACUUGGAUCAUCUUGAUGAUCCAAAUUUCAAUCCUUUUGCAACAAAGAUGUCUGUGAGCAAUUCUCCAGACAAGAAAAAAGAACCAGCAGUAGAGAGCAAGAAGGUGGAGGAGAAUAAAGUCUCUGAGGAAGUGCCAAAGCCUGAAGAGGAAAAGAAACAGAUUAAGGAAACCAGAAAGCCAGUUGCUAUGAAGAAGAGGAGCCCAGUGGCAAAGGCUCCUGAAGAAAAGCAAGAUGAUGUUGCAGCUGAGCCAAAGGGAGUGUACCAGCUAGACCUAGAUCCUUUUGAGGAUCCCAAUUUCAAUCCUUUUGCAACCAAAGCAGCAGUUUCAAAUUCUCCUGGGAAAACAAAUGUGUCUGUUGGUGAAAAGGAGGAGAAAAAUUCAGGAACUUCUCAAGAAAAGAAAACUCAGGCUGAGGAUGCAAAAUCUAUGAAGAAAAGUAUCAAGGAAGAUGCUGAGAAAAUGGAAGUAGACAUUGUUCCCAAAAAAGUUUCUCACCUGGACUUCUUAGACAACUUGGAUGAUCCAAAUUUUAAUCCAUUUGCACAAAAACAGCUGUAUCUAAUUCUCCAAGUAAAGGGAAGACAACAGCAGGAGAAAACACAGGUAGAAGAAAAAAUACAAGACCACAAAGACAAAAACAUUGUAGAAACACAAACCACAGGGUCACAAAUUACCAAGAGUGAGUUUGUUAGUUCUCUAGGAAGUAUCGACUUUGAGCAGAUAUCCAAAGAGGCGAUACGACUGGCUUCGGAAGUUACUCCAAAGACUCCCGAGGACCAGAAGAUGAGUGAAUUGGCCCAGCCACCGCGGGAUGUCUUCAGUCCCCUACCGGCAAAGCACUCGUCAGCAAAACAAGAUGCUUUUGCAAUGGACGAAUUCACCAGUGCCACAGAAUUCUCUGGUGGUGACCAAGAACUUUCGGAAGGAGAAAACUUUCAGGAUGCAACCUGUUAUCCAAUCUUCAAUAACCCAGAAGACCUUGAUGUCCUGGGUUCACACGGGAUGGAAGGAGACAAGAUUAAUCUGGUGCGAAAUUCCCUCUACGUCAAGUUUGAUCCUCUGGUUUCUGGUCGUCAGUCUCUGGCUCCCAUGCUUGCCCAGCAACUUCUUGGUACUAAGGAGGAAGAUGAUCCACGCAGAUUUAGUGGACUGAUAUCCUUCAGCCCUUCCCCUAUCAAGCCACAGCGAUCAAGGGAUGCUAAUGGCACACCUGUCAGACCACAAACAACAACACGAGCCGAUGAAACUCUAGUUUUGGAUAGUACUGCACUGGAUAGCACAGUGGUAGGAGAGAACAGCAAUAUAUCCAUCAUGUCAGGUGGCCCAGCCCUUAAUAACACGGUGAUAAGCAAUGCCCCAGGUGAAAGUGCAAACGAGACGGUCAUUCAGGCUGUUGCUACAGAGAAAAUGGUGCCAGAACGUGUGAUGAACGAAAGGCUGAAGAACCUUGAAUUGUCAAUGCAGGACACUUUACUGAGGAAGAUAAGAGCUUUUGAGGAAGAACAGAAGAAGAGCAAACAGCAGAUUGAAGAACAGAAUAUUGCACUUGCCAGCAUGGAGGAAGAGAAUGGGACACUGAAGGCAACAAUUGUCAAGAUGCAAGAGGUCCUGGCCAAGAUCAUGAAACAAGAAGAGGCCAAGGAGAAAGAGCGCAAGAAUCAGCUGGUGCUGCUGGAGAAUCAGUACGAAGCCAAAAUACUGGCCCUGCAGAAGGAGAGCCAGCAGUACCAGGAUGAGCUGAAGAAUGCCGAGGCUCCGUUCUUUGAUCUGGUCAAGAAAUUCGAGCGGUUGAGGGAGGUGACGGAGUGCCUGCGAAGAAAUGAGGAGAGCCUCAAGUCGGAAAAUGAAGGAAUUAAGGGAAAGUUGGCCCAGAAAGAAGAAACCUUCAAGAAUGUCCUGCAGACACUAGAAGAAAAUUAUGCCAAGGCACAAGAAGAAUUCUCUCAAGAAAAAGAAAAGCAUGAAAAGGAGCUUGGCAAGGCCUCAGUAAUGCUGAAGAGAGCAGAGGUGAAGAUCCUAUCCCUCACGUCGUCCUUGGAGGAAAAGAUUGCCGACAAUCAACGGUUGGCUGCACUUUUGGACGACAUAACGAACAAGUUUGGCUGAAGUGGAGGUCGGGAGGAAGAUUCAUCUGUGGUAUCUCUUUCACCUUGCUAAAUUUAUUAUCUUUAGCUUUAACUUUGCUAAACUAUCUUGUUGAAAAAUUCUUAUUUAACUGUAUGAUGCUAGUAUAUAACCAGCCUCUUAAUUUUAGGCCAUUUUUAUGAUUUCACAUUAAUAUUAAUGGGUUUUUACUGAUUUUACUGAUUUUUCCCUUUCUUUUAAGUCUUCUUUGUCUGUCAGAAGAAUAUAUUUUAUUACCUUAUAAUAAAUAAUACUAUAAAAGAAGGUGUAUUUAUUAACAAAAUAUAGGUUCAACUGUUUAUUUUAUCUAUGACAAUCUACACACUUUGGUAUCAUAGUACAGAGGCACUGGUGAAUAAGUAAAACAAGGAGGGAAAAAUGCUAUUGUCUAUGGCAUUGAAAAAUGCUUAUAUGAACGUAAAAAAAAAACUGAAGAAAUGGCCACAUAUUUAUAGUAUGGCACAAUUCACUGUUUGAUUGAGUUUUGACUGAAGAAGAAGACUAGCGACA